GUCAGACACAUGCUGUGGUAGGACUCCACUAGGGGGUAAUGUUUGCCUAACUCAUGAGCGGAUCAGACAGCGAUGAGGGUAGAGUUGACAAUGUGAGACUUACACUUUCGGGAGCACUCAGGGUUCCGCACGUGUUCCAGACCCUACAACCGGGAGACGAACCACGGCUUCGUGCCGAACAUAGAGCCCGUGCUCUUGCAGCAGCAAGGGCAGCAGCGAACCUAGCAGCUAGGGAACAGGCUGCAGACGCAGGCAGAGCAGCAGCAAUGUCUAGUGCAGCGGCAUCCUCCGCUGCAACGUCCGCAGCAUCCUCGUCAGGGACCCAUUUGGGAAUGCCCACAGGGUCCACGGGUACUUCCAGUUCAGUAGGUUCUCGACAGUCUACAAGUCAAAUGGCGGGCUCGCAGUUCAGCCCGUUGACCCCACGCGAAAGGGAAUUUCUAGAGCUCCAACAGGUCGAGAGGAUCCGUGAACGAUUAGAGAGGGAACUGAAACAGGCAACCGAUAGAGAGAGAGAAAUUAAAAAUAGAACAGCCAGGCUUGAAACGUUAGAGGCAGACAAAGCUGAGUUAGAGGGUUUGGAUGAGACAGGACUGUCUGAACCAAUGAAAGUAUUGAAGAACAAUAUGCUGUCGCUGCAUGCGCACGUGGACAACCGAUUGGACUUUAUGCAGAACACCCUAGACCAGAUCCUGGACAUUUUACAAAGGCCAGGAUUUAGGCCAACAGCACAGUCGUCGUUACCGUUAACGGCGAUGUCAGGCCCCUUUUCCGUACAAGCUGGCACACAACCAAGUGGCACGUCUACAGCAGUCUCACAGACUGUUGCUUCUUCUUCUUCAAGUCCGGCGGUAGGAGCUACACCACCGCAACAACCUGUUCCCCCACAGGGACAGCCGCAAGGUCCGUGGUACCCUAAGACCCCUAUGAAACCACCUCUUGCCUUUUCGGGCGAGAAGAAGGACGAAGAGCUCAACACUUGGUUGAGAACAGUUCCGGUUUGGGUGAAGGCAAAAAGGACUUUGCAGGAGGAGGAGGUGAUUACUGUUGCAUCUUACCUUGAGGGUAAGGCAGCCAAAUGGCUGGAUGGUAUAGUUACAAAGGCCGGGUAUGGGAGACGCAUGGCGGACUGGGCUCAGUCUCUUACGUUAGACCAGUUCUUGGAGAUCGUAGAAGCUCGCUGGCACAAUCCUCAGCAGGUGCAAUUUGCCACUGAUGCGAUGAACAGACUAGACCAACGAAAGUUUAAGUCAGUCAGAGAACUUACGACUACCAUUGAAAGCCUAAUCGUCGUUCCUAGUAUCAACUACGAUAACCAGUUCUUAUUGACAACGUUUGUGAGAUGUCUCCCAGAGAAUCUCAGAAACUUGCUGGCCAGCGAGGCACGCCUCGAGUAUCACUCUUUUGAGACAUUGUCUAGAAAAGCCUUAGAUUUGGAGGCCACUCUAGGGAAUGCUCAACCUACUCAGAAUGACACGAGGAAGAAGAAGAGUCCGCAGGAAUGGAAGAAGAAGGGGGCUAAAUUGAUGAUGGUUGAGUCCGAUGGGACUCGAACAGAAAUUAAUGAGCUCACAGACCUGCUGGACGUUUCAGAGUACGACGUCGAGGAGGUCGAUGAGGGUAGCACCCUCGCCGCAGUAGUCAAGGCUAAGGCGGGUGGCCGAGGGAAGGGUCAUCCAAAGAGUCAAGGGAAGGCCGCCUUCAAUCAAACCAAAGUGGUUGAUUGGGUCAAGGCAGGUCUUGAUCAAGACGUUUCUUCUAUUUUGAGGACUGACCAUCAAACACUCAAAUGGAUCAAGACUCAACCUGCUCUUUCUGAUGCACUCAAGCGAUGGAUUGAAGUCAUAGAUCAAUAUGACUUCAAGCUUGAGUAUCUGAAGGGAGAGUACAACAAGGUUGCAGAUGCGCUAUCACGUAGGGUAGACUACCUAGGGGCGCUAGUUUCUGACUUUGGUGUAUCGGAAGAAGUAACUCAAUUGUUGGUGGGAGCCUAUCAGGAAGACCCUGUCACGAUGGACAUCAUGCGCAAACUUCAGGCAAAAGACAAGGCCACGGAAAGUGAGUUUGUGAUGGUGGACGGGCUUCUCUAUCUUGAUAAGGCCGGAGUUAAAAGUAAGAGUGGCAAGAGGCACAUUUUCGUCAUCAUCGAUCGAUUCACCAAGUACGCUAGAAUAGUUGCAAUGCCAGAGACCGCAAGGACUGACCAUGUCAUCAAGUUGUUCCAGGACAACUGGGUGCGUGACUUUGGUUUACCAAAGACGAUCGUUAGUGACAGAGAUGUCUGUUUCACAAGUGAGUUGUGGAAGAAAACUGCUGAGCAGAUGGGCAGUCAACUUCAGAUGACUUCAGGGAAUCAUCCCGAAGUCAACGGACAGGCCGAGCAGAUGAACAGAGUUGUGCAGCACCUGCUGAGGCAUUACAUCAAGCCCAGCCAGGAUGACUGGGAUGAGAAGUUGCCUCUCAUCGCCAGCCUGUACAACAACGCUGUACACAGCAGUACCGGCGUUAGUCCUAGCCAGCUGCACUUGGGAUGGAAGCCUAGAUCUGCUCUAGACUUCCUCCUACCUGAGAACCGAUCCUCUGCAACUCCAGGCACACUUGAGUAUGGUGUGCAGUAUGAGAAGUUGCUGCAGCAAGCUGUCAAGCACAUCAAGAAAGCUCAGCAAGCAAUGAUUGCUUCUGAGAACAAGCACCGACGACAGUCCUCAUUUCAGGUAGGGGAACGUGUCUGGGUCAAGGCUAGUGAGCUAGGGCAGGAAUUCGGGAUCUCUAGAAAACUAAUGCCACAGUAUUUUGGUCCUUGGGAAGUCCUGGAUGUAGUGGGGGAUGAGAUGGAUGGCCCUACCUAUGUUAUCCGUAUCCCUGGACACUUACGCACUCACCCUGUCUUUCAUGCCUCAAAGCUUGCACCUUUCGCUGAGACUGAUCAAUUCCCUUCAAGGAGAUCGAUGCUGCCCCCAACCAUGGAUGGUCAAGUGGACAUCGACGACAUUGUGGAUCACAGAGAUCUGCCUGUGCAGAAGCCAUUGGGUAGAGGAAGACCUCCUAAACCCGAGAGAGAAUAUCGCGUCAGAUUCAGGCAUCAUACGGAUCCAAAAGAAGACCGGUGGUUCACCAGAGAGGAACUGAUUGACACAGCUCCUCAGGUGGUGGCAGAAUAUGAGAGAAUGCUGAAAGGGAAGGCACCUGCGAAGAAAGAGCCUCUGCAGUUCAAAUUGCUGACCUGGCAAGGUGACGUGGCAUCGCUACUUGCACUGGAGGUGGUGGAGCAGCGUCAUGCGGGCACACGCAAGUCAUCCUUUGUCGCAGAUCUUCACAACAAUGGCAACGUGGAAACUGAUGGGCCAAAAUCGAAAUUGACUGGCAGCAGACCACCCUCGGCUGUAAUUGUGUUGGUGGUCUUUUAUGACCCUAAGACUGGAAAAGUUGCGGUCCCGUUCUUUGAGAAGAAAGGGCAUAGAGGGCGGCUGUUGCCGAUUUCGAUAAGGGAAGUGAUGGACAAUGGUUUGUACCUGGGUAAACCGAUGCUGGCAGUACCUCUGAACCUCGGUUGUGAAGCAGAACAGGCAGCACUGAAAGCGCUCAAGCAAGGCAUUGCAGCCAUUCCCGGAAAGGUGCUGGACAUAUCUUUCACGGGUGACAGUGAUCAGAUGGACCCGGUGGCAAGUAGACUACAUGUGAUGCAGAAUGAGUGUGGGAAGACCGGAAAUGUCAUGAAGCUCCAGGAGGGGGAUUUACACUUGCCGGCAGAGUUUCCUCUCAGUGGAAUGUGUGAUGACGAGUAUUUCAAGCUUUUUCAAACUGUUACGAGGAAGCAUCAACCACAGGUUUUGCAGAUUCUUGCAUCAGAAGGUGAUAGGAGCCGUGCAGACCGGGUGUCCUCUGUCAGCAAUUCACUCUCCCAAAAACAGUUAACGGUAUUGAGAGAGCUGGAUAAAUCCAUGCUCCACGGCGGGAGGUGUUCUACAUAUGUCAAAUUCCACAUCAAGCAACACCAUGGCGCUUCAGCAGACGGAUCUUGAGCAAGUGAUGGCGGGGCUCUCGUUUGUACCCGCCUAAAUGGACACGUGAACUUCCACAUCAAGCGAGACACAAAGACACUUCAGAAGAUGGAUCUUAAAAAUAAGUGAAAAUGGCAGGGGUCUGAAUGCGCUUAUUCACGAUGUUGAAUUCCACAGCAGGGGGUGCCAAGACGCUUCAGCAGCAGGCCAGGUCUUCGAUAAGUGAAGACGACGAGGCCCCAGUUUUCGCCUCGCUUCAACGCAUGUGUUGCGAUGUCGAAUGCCACAGCAGGUGGCAGCAAAAGAUGCUUCAGUCUGCAGGUCUUAUUAGUAGGCCAUACUCACACGAGGACCUUUUUCUAAGGAAGCUCUGGACGUGAUUGCAGUCAGAUUCAUCCAGGUCUCUGGCCACAAUGGCAGUCAGGUGCAUGCUGGACUGUGCUCGUGUGAGUAUGCCCUUAAAUAAAAGGGCCUAGUUGCA